GAGCUUCUAUCGAGUCGCGAGGGUCGCUUGCGGCGGCGUCCUCUCAGCACGCCUCAGUCACUCCCCGACUCCAAUCGUGCGGAUUGGCGAAAUUUCGACGAGGUCACUUUGGACGCCGAUGCCAAGUUCUUGACUGUGGAUACAAGUCAAUCGAAGCAGCCUAUGGUGCACUUUGCGAUUUUGAAGCCGCCAAGUCGAGCUAACGGCGUCAUUGCUGCAACCGAGUGGAUGAAGGGCGUUCGUACGGCCGAUUGCAAAGCGACCGUCGCGACUUCAGAUGCAAUAAUCGAAACAGUGUCCAUUCGGAGUCGACUGAAUGGCGCAUCGUCGUCAGAGUCAGCAUCACUUGCGCACGAUUCGCCGUUGCGCAACGCAGUGAUGCAUUGGAAACCGCACGGGCUGCACACGGUCUCUGCUGGCGUGUUUGUCACUGCCGACUCUCUAGAUGACUGUUUGCUACGGCAGAGGCGUCAAGGCGAGCUGAUGGCGAUGCAGGGAUUGACCACUAUCGAUGAUCGACCAACAACAACACAAAACAAAAUCGCCCGGCUACACGUGCCACUGCUACCGCGGCGCAUCGACACAUUGGUCGAACAGGGUCUAACCCAUCGGCUGGAUUACGCUGUCGGCGGCUGGGUGCUCGGUGGGCUUGACGCCGCAACCGUUCAGCAUUUAAUCGACGCGCGUCAAAAAGGGCAAAUUACAUCGCAUUACCGACUGCACACCAGUCCAGGACUGCAGUUACAACGCGUAUUGGCCGACUUUGUUUUGGAAUCCAACGGAGGAGCCACACAACAAGAGCUGGAUCUAACCCAAUUGAGCAAUUUUGGCGUCGGAGCUGCCGCGCAGCGAUUGGAUGCAGACUGGGUUCAAAUUCGAAUCAUGAGUGACUUUUCAGGUACAAACUACCGUCCGAUGCAAGGAGAUGGGUACAUGACACGUCUGCUUAUCCCAGCAAAGCAGAUUGCCGAGCGAGCCAAAAGCUGGACCGUUUACGCUUCGAUUGUUCGUGGCCAUCGUCGGCAAGUUCGCGCCCAUACUGCAUGGCUCCAACUAUUUAUUACCGGAGACGAGUACUUUCAAGAGCCUAUUGCUACAUACAACCUUGGUUUGGUCACUCGUCGUCAAGCAUCAUCAGAAACGAAACACGAUGCCGUUACCAUCCAAAUGCAAUGCGUUGGCUACACACUGCAAGGCCAACUGGUACUCGGGAUG